UUUUUUUGUUGUCCGUGCAUAUAAUUUGCAUAUGUACAUACUUAUGUUGAGAUUGUUUUCAUAGAUCCUAAGUCUAUUUAUGAAUAUUAAAAUUUAUUAAAAUCGUGUGCAUACAAUUUAUUAGAAAAAAGUUUUAAGUAUUAAUACCUUAGUGAAGUGAAUAUGUUCUCAAAUAUAAGUGAUAUAAAGAAUUCUCCGUCUGAAAAUACAAAUGUUUAAAUUGGGCCAUAAUGCCCAAUCGGCAGAUGCCAACUCGAUUACGAUUCAGAUAGGAAAUUUUAUUCUGGGACUUUUUAACUGUAAAAAUUAAUACCUAAACAUUUUUAAAAUUGUAUCUACUGUAGAAAUUAAUAAGUUCUUAAUUAAAUGUGUCCCAUAAAUCUGAGACGUUUUUGUGAGGAAUGGCGUAUCUGGAUACGACCACUUCUAAUCGUCACGUAUUGCAUAUUUUUAAUUAUCGUGGUUCCCCUGCUUAUUGUAAAUUCUGUAAAGGAUGGCUUCAAGCGCAAUGACCAGCUUAUACUUAUUGGUGGUCUAUUUGUAUUAUCAGCGGUACCAAUUUCUAUUUGGCAUAUUAUUCAACAUGUCAUACACUUUACAAAACCGAUUUUGCAGAAGCACAUUAUUAGAAUUUUAUGGAUGGUUCCAAUAUAUGCCCUAAAUGCGUGGAUAGGUCUGUUUUUUCCAAAGCAUUCCGUCUAUGUAGACUCUCUUCGUGAAUGUUACGAAGCUUAUGUGAUUUACAACUUUAUGGUCUACCUAUUACACUAUCUCAAUUUGGGUAUGGAUCUAGAAGCAACGAUGCAGUAUAAACCUCAGGUGUAUCAUUUCUUCCCACUUUGUUGUAUGCGACCUUGGGUAAUGGGUCGCGAGUUUAUACACAAUUGCAAACAUGGAAUUCUUCAAUAUACCGUUGUUCGGCCUAUUACCGCCUUUAUUUCUGUUAUUUGCGAGAUAUGUGGUGUCUAUGGAGAAGGCACAUUUGCUGGAAAUGUGGCAUUCCCCUACAUCGUAGUGAUUAACAACAUUUCACAGUUUGUGGCUAUGUAUUGCUUAGUACUAUUUUAUAGAGCAAAUAAAGAGGAUUUGAAACCAAUGAAACCGAUACCCAAGUUCCUUUGUAUCAAAGCAGUCGUUUUCUUCUCGUUUUUCCAAGGUGUAAUAUUAUUUUUAUUAGGCUACUAUCAACUUUUACAGAAAAUAAUCACACUUGGAGAUAAUACGAAUUUGGCGUCAAUGCUGCAGAAUUUUCUGAUUUGUAUUGAAAUGUUCAUCGCCGCAGUGGCCCAUAUUUACAGUUUCCCUCACUAUCCGUUUCAUAUCAAUUCGCCUCAAUACUGGAAUAAUCCAAAUCAUAAUUGGUGCCGUGCGUUCCUCUCAAUGAUGGACAUAUCGGAUAUGCAGCAAGAUGUGACGGAGCAUCUGGGAGUAGUAAGUAGUUCGAUUAGUCGACAUUUUCAAGGUCGAAACACAUACCAGCCUCUCUCUCGUGGACCCCGCCGUUCCAGUAGUGAAACGGAAUAUUUGAUGAGUAAGCGAGAAGAUGGUGAUAGCACCACUGACGGUAUAGUUAGUGACAUGCCCACAACAAGCUCUAUGAUCGGCGAUGUAAUGAUAGUUGGCGGAGGUGGCGCUGUUAUACAAAAAGGUAAUAGAAACAAAUAUUAUACGAAUUUCGCUAGUAAACCAUUGGUUAAAGCCAAUCGCUACGGAGCUACUGAUAAUCUUUUAUUGCCUGUUGGCGAGGUCGCACUAACAACUGAUUCUACAUCUCACAUCCACUUAGCAGGCAACCGUGCACCGCACAGCGCAUCAACUAAAGCGCCGACAGCCACCAACAUAACAACCGCUGGAACGCAUUCCAAUUUCGGUAUAAAUAUACAGAAACGGGAAGUGCACUCACGAGAAUACUCACCACAGCAAUUAUAUGGGGCUCCUGUACCCAGUGGCAAUAGUUUCUUGCAGGCACGAAAUAUAGGUGGGCAUUCCGACAGCAUUCCCGAGGCAGAUGAUGAUUUUGUCUCUUUAAUUGGGGCUGGCAGAUGACAUCGUAAUUUCGAAUGUAAUAACCGCAGUCAGAAUAUCAAUUCAUCGGCAGUCGAAUCGACGUCAAUGUCUGUAUCGGCUUCGGUGAACUUUUCUAGUAGUCUUAAACUGUCGACAGGCGAGAGUGGCAGUUGCAGUUCCUCUGAUUGGCUAAGUACGUCGCACUCUGAAGAUAACAACGACAAUGACAGCAACGACCACCACGAUGACAACAACUUAAUACCGAACGAUGCUAAUAUUCGUGAUAUUCGGCAAAUGAGUGACUUAGGGGGGGAUAACAUUGUUGGUAGUGCAAAUGUUGCUUAUAAUGUUGAGCAGCAUGGUUGCAUUGAAAUUUCACCGAACCACGUAGCCAUGAGACGAUCACGACAAAGACCUACAAACAACGAGCACAUCACAUAAAUUUCACGGCGACGAUCCUCCACAAAUUUUAAUUUCUUGCAUAAUUUGUAUUACUUAUUAUUACUUCUUCUGUAUAUUGUUAGAGUUAGAUAUGCUUAAUAUAUACAUUGAAAACACUGUAGUCAUGAUGUAAAGUAA